AUGUUUCGGGAUGGGAAAAGUGGUCCGGUCAAUACUACUCUCUACACUACUCUAAAUGUAAAACCGGAUGCUUCUCAGGCUGAUAUCAAAAAGGUUUAAUCAACUUUCUGUUAUACAAUUUGCUCGUUUUUCAGUCGUAUUUCAAACUCGCCAAGGAGUACCACCCGGAUAAAAAUGCGGAUCACGGUGAUAAGUUCAAGGAAAUAAGUUUUGCUUACGAAAUACUUUCCAAUGCUGAAAAGCGACGUCUUUACGAUGCCAGUGGUCUCGAAGGUGUUCAAGGAGGUGGAUCAGGCGGAGGCGGAGGUGGAGGUAAAUCUUGUCAAACUUCUAUUCUGAAAAGAGUUUUUAGGUUUCCCCGGCGGUCUUUUCUCGCAUUUUUUCGGUGGUGGGGGAGCGGGAAUGGACGAUGAAGAUGAUGACGAUGAAAUGGGUGGUAAUCCGUUCCCUGGACUUUUCGGUGGAUUCUCCCGUGGAGGCCCAAGGCGGCGGAAGUUCCAAGACACUGUUCAUCCGCUCAAUGUGACUCUUGAAGAAAUUUAUCUUGGGAAAACGUCGAAGCUAAAGCUUACAAAGAAGGCGCUCUGCAAAAUUUGUGAUGGGUGCGUUAAAAAAAAUAUAUAUAUAUAACUCAUUUAUUCGAUUCGACCACCUAGGAAGAAAAACAAAAAAAAUUACAGGAGAAGAGAGCAAUACAGGGUGGGGAAUAAAUAUAGCGCCGAAUUCAAAAUGUCGUAAAAAGUUCAAAUCGCACGAUUUUUUUCUGUAAAUAUACUAAAAGCUCUAUUAAGCAAUAACAAAAAGAAUGGCAUUAGCAGUUUUUGCCGAUUGCACCUUUCUCUUCGUUGGCAGCCGUCAGUCUCCUCGGACACGAGUCAGCGGCGGCACGGGGGUAGUUGACGUAAAGAUCGUGUCAUGGCUUCCGUAGUUCAACUUUCCAAACUCCCUAUUUUGGUUAAUUGUGAAUGGAUACAUACCAGAGAUGUUGGGAAUUCCGUGUUCCGUGUUCCGUGUUCCGCGUUUUUUUGCAAUAUUUUUUCCGUGUUCCGUGUUCCGUAAAAAAAAAAAAUUUCCGUGUUCCGUGUUCCGUGUUCCGUAGAAAUAAGUUUUUUCCGUUUUCCGUGUUCCGUGUUCCGUAUAAACUAUGUUUUCCGCGGAAAAAUUCGAUCACAAAUUUUAUGACGUUUUGUGGUCAAAAUUUGAAAAUGUUCGGAUUCGGACCAUAUUCGUGAAAAGUGGAUUCCAUUUUCAGUCGUUUUUUUACUGUAGUUGUUUACUGUUGUGUUGUUGGUUUUGUUAUUUUUAUGAAAUUUUCAGUAAAACUUUCACAUGAGUCAAACAGCUGCCUUGUCAGUCAGAUAAUCGAAUUAAACAAAACAUUAUUUUAAAAAAAAUCACUGGAAUUCUCUUGAAAACGCUUUUUUCCGUGUUCCGUAAAAAAAAAAAUUUCCGUGUUCCGUGUUCCGUGUUCCGUAGAAAUAAGUUUUUUCCGUUUUCCGUGUUCCGUGUUCCGUAAAACAAAAAAAUUUCCGUUUUCCGUGUUCCGUGUUCCGUAGAAAAAAAAAUUUUCCGUUUUCCGUGUUCCGUGUUCCGUAGAGUAAAAUUUUUAUUCCCAACAUCUCUGAUACAUACUAGGCAUCCCACCCAAACUCGGAGAAGUCCAUAGAAAUCAUAUCCGACUUGAAAUCUACUCGUUCUUCUUAAGUGAUAAAACUUGCGAAAUUGGCUUUGCGUCACUGUUAGGUGGUUUUGGCUCGAUGAGCAGGGGUACCGUCUUGCUGGAAAACCCUAUCUUGUUUUCCGUAAUCAACUAGAUCCAAGACAGUUCCUUCGAUCCGAGAAUCUUACUGGAGUAGAAUUUACGGUUGAUUUUCGCUCCAAUCUCAGUGCUGUUUUGCCAUUGGCGGAAAUUCUCCAAAGAACGAUUACUGAAGCCGGAUAAAAAUUUUUAAAAAUUAUUUUUCCAUUCCCACGGACAGUCUAAAUGUCCCCUGAGAUGAUCUUGUUGUUGUGAUCAUCACUGUUGAUACCAGCAGCGUGUAGCCACUCAUCUCCGAUCAGAGUCCGCAGGCGCGUGCCAUGCCGCGUGCCGCCAACGGGACUUCCGGCUUUCUUGAAGCGAAAGUCCUUGUUAUGGAACGAUUCUUUUGAAUACGAUAAGGAAUCAUAUUUAGUUCCUGUCUGGCAAUAGCUUACAUAGAUUUAAGCUCAUACGGAACUCUGACGACAUUUUCCACGUGCUUCUCUCCGAGUUUUUACGAUUUUUGCUCUAACCGAUAUGACCAUCUUGGGAGUUGUCACUGGGACCAGGGGACCACUUCUCUACUUGUCUUCCAAUGUUCCGAGGUGUCAGAAACAUCGGGAAGUCAUAUUAACAAACAAUCUUACUACGCCGAGCUUCCUAACUAUUUUGGACGAUCGCAUUCCUAUACUUGUGAACCCCAUAAUUUGGUAGGAGAUUAUAUUUUGGAAUGUUCCGAGGAUAAAAAGUAACCGUCUAUGGAGUAUCGAUUUCAGAUAGGAUUGGCUUAGACGGUCACUAUACGAGGAGAAUCGCAUGUUGCAUCUUUGGAAGACUGUUCUGCUCAAAAAUCUAAAGGGAGACUCUAGUUUGUUGGAGAGGGACGUUGUUGAGGGACGUAAACGUUGAAGAGUUUAAAGUAGAGACAAAGGUUCGAGGAGCGAAGGGCUUUCAGAAUUUGUUUGCAUUUCAAUAGGGCAGUGUUGCUAACUAUAGUAAUUUGAUUCUCGAAUUUAAGCUUGCUAUCUAUCCAGAUGCCGAGAUCUUAAAAUAUGUUUUAAAAUAGCUGCGUGAAUUUUUUGCUUACCAAAGCCGUUCAAUGAGAAAAUUCCUUUGCGACAGAAUUUCCCAAAAUGACGUUGUUUUUCUCAAGAAAAUCUUCCCCAAAUCAAGCUGGACAUUGAUGAGCUCAUCAUCAAAUGCUUGUUAAAAGAACAAAAAAGUUUUCACCAAAUUCACUCCGCGGGAUAACUCAAGAAAAAAAUCAACAAUCGUUAGGGUGGGGACUAUUUUUGAAUGUUCCCAACGGCAGAUUCUAAAGAAAAGUGUCCAGGCUUCUUACAUAAUAAUGUACUUGCUUUCAGAUCUGGUGGCAAAAAGGGUGAGAAGUACAAGUGUGACGGCUGCCGCGGACGUGGAGUGAAAACGAUUGUUCAGCAAAUCGGACCUGGAAUGUUGCAGCAAAUGCAGGUUCCUUGCGACUUGUGCCACGGAACAGGUAUCUAGAUAACUGAAAGAAUUGGGGGCCUAAGCCCAGUCAUUGUUCGUUCAAUUUGAGGCGGAAAAGUUCCCGCUGGAGACACGUGCAAAGGAUGCAACGGCGAAAAGUAUGAGAACGUUUCGAAGGUUCUCGAAGUUAAUGUUCUGCCUGGAAUGCGCCACAACGAUAAAAUAACAUUCAAAAGCGAGGGAGAUCAAUCUGAUGUGAGAACUUACGAGAUCAAUUUGAUGCGAACUCAAAGGUUAAUUGAAAAACACGUUUCAGCCUGACGGCGAACCCGGAGAUGUCGUCAUCGUUAUUCAACAAAAAGACCACGGAAUCUUCAAAAGGGACGGAGAUGAUCUUCACAUUACCAAGUGAGACCAUUUUUUUAAUCAAAUAACAUUUUUGAAAUGUGAAACACAAACUUUUCGAACAAAAACACUUUUCGAACAUUGCUCUUUUUUUGCGAAAUAUUGCUGACUAUGAGGGUCUUUUUUUUAAAGUGAUUUUAAGGAAGUUGACAUUGAACGAGGCUCUAUGUGGGUACAAUUUCCUGAUCAAGCAUUUGGACGGUUAUCCACUCGUUUUUACCGGUAAACCAGGAGAUGUUAUUCGUCCAGGUAAUCUUGUUUUCUAAUAUAUAUCAUUCUCAGAAGUUUUAUGCUAGUGCAGACAGUGUGUUAUGAAUAGUAGUAUUGCAGUCGCAGAAGUCUGGCAAUCGCGCUCUACUGCUCUCCACGUGAAUUCAGUGCAAAAUUGGAAAAGGUCGCGACCGCGGCCGAGUUUUCACGUGGGGUUGCGGUAGAGCGACAUCAUAAAUUUACGGGACUAAUAACGCUAUUUUGAGAUUUUGAAAAUUACAAUUUUUUGUUGCUUUUUUAUCAUGUGCUUUCCAAGCUGGUCCCACUACAUAGUCCUUUUUUCGUUUUUGCAUCAUUGCGAGAAAACUACAAGUUUAUUUUGGCACUACAAAAAUUAAUACAUAAGCAUUACAGAAGCAGAAAUGUUGGAAAUGUUGUUGCUUGUGGUUUUAUUCCAAUAGUUAUAAAGUUUGUUUAAACAUUCGCCUAGUUGAAAUUCCAACAAAAAAAAGUGCUGCAAGAAUGCAAAAACGAAAAAGAAAGAUUACGGGCCUUGUUGAUUUAUAAAAUGAAAAUUUUUGAUCGAAUUGUAAUUUGUUUGAUUUCAGGCACAGUGAAAGGAGUUCUGGGAAAGGGAAUGCCAAACAAAAAAUAUCCCGAAUUGAAAGGAAAUCUUUUCGUCGAAUUUGAUGUCGAAUUCCCGAAAGAUCACUUCUUGGAGGAGGAGCGCGCAUACUAUGUAUUAAAAAAAAGGUUUCCAAGUGUAUUGUUGUGAAUUUAUUAUUCAGGUUCUGCGCAGCUGCUUCCCGACUUCGAGCAAAUCGAAUAUUUCUGUUGGAGCCACUGAGGUUUCCAUUAUGGAGUAUGAUGAGAAAAAAUAUAGCCGUGGUCGAGGUGGGGACGCGUACAAUGAGGAUUCGGAUGAGGAACAACACGGGGGACAGGGAGGACAAGGUGUCAGGUGUCAACAUCAAUAA